AUGUCACUCUGGUCGCCCUUCUCGCACUCCAUCACCCCCUCGACCGGUCCCAGCCCCGGCCCCUCUGGGACCUUCAACUCCCUCUUCCGCAUGCUAGACGACUUUGACCGGUACGCCCAGCAACAGUUGCAGUCCACAUUCGGAGGGUCGCCGUCCUCCCUCGGAAAAAUGACCCUCAACCCGCGCUUCGACAUCAUCGAGCGCGACAAAGAGUACCACCUGCAGGGCGAGCUGCCCGGCGUGUCACCCGAGAACGUCGAGAUCGAGUUUACCGACGCGCAGACCAUAGUUGUGAGGGGCCGGUCGGUGCGGGAGCAUACCGAGGGUGACCCCUCGCUGGUCGAUGAGUCCAAGCGCAUCGAGAGCACCGAUAAGGGUGCGAAUGGGGCAGAGGGGAGGAAGGAGAAGAAGCAGAAGGCGAGGUAUUGGCUUAGCGAGAGGAGUUAUGGAGAGUUUUCGAGAAUGUUUACGUUCCCGGGACCGGUUGAUCAGGAUGCGGUGAAGGCAAAGUUUAAGAACGGGGUGUUGGAUGUUGUGGUGCCGAAGGCGGAGCGUAAGGGUGGAAGGAGGAUUGAGAUUGAAGGGGAGUGA